AGAACCGUUCAGCGAAGAGACGUGCUCGCAAGAAUUGGUAACUUCGCGGGCAUUUUGUACACAAUGACUCAGAGGUGUUUUAGAUUCUGGUUGCAUUAAGGCAUCAUGGUUGUAAUCCGAAAAUAUAUCCGUUAUGGAACCUACAUAAGCAGAACAGACCAGAAAUGCUGCCAUUGGUUAUUUACAUCUACUACGUCGAAUUCCAAUGGUCACUAUAAAUAGAGUUUAAGAACAUCUCACAAUGGUGGUAACGAAUCAACAAGGUCCAAUGGCUCGUAACAAGGUGUUCGCCAGUGUCUGUCUUGUCCUGUCCGGGAUGGUAGCUACCUAUGUCAUACUAUCUGAAAUACAUCUAACGAGAGAAUGCCAUUAUUUCUGCACAAGUGAUGACCUUCCGGUGUGUUACCUUCGGCGAUCAGCCGUGCUCAUCUACGACCAGGACGUCGCCGCUCACGAGAUGAGUUUUUCACAGAACACACAUCCACGCAUCAACCUUGCCAACUACGCCACGGAGGUCGCAUCGGGACGGUACUUCGACAUCAACUGCCCCGUCAACCACUAUUGGCCUCGCGUCUCCACGCUCGAUCGCCGCAACAGUUGCGCGGUGGUCGGCAACAGCGGGGUUCUCAGCGGAUCCCGGUGCGGAAGAGUUAUCGAUAAACAUGAUUUCAUAAUACGAGCUAACCUCGCUCCAAUCGAAGACUAUGCCAUCGAUGUCGGUCAGCACUCCGAUCUCACAAUCAUGAACUUCGAGACACUGUUCUACUUGCAUAAUAACCUCACACAAACGCCUCCAGACACAUUCUGGCAUCGGACUUAUGUCGAGAGAUUAAGAUACCUGAAUGAUUCGAUCCUCUGGUACUCAAAGUCGACUUUGCAACGGAACAGUAGCUUUCAUCUAAAGGAUGUGGUUCAUGUUCUUAAGGAUUAUUACCACCUACCAAUCCAGUUAGCCUAUAGCUGGAGACCAGUGUCUGUUGAAAAGUUCCAUGGUCUAAGACAUUAUGCAACAACCGGCUUCAAUGCUGUCAUAAUUGCCAAGACUUUCUGCAAUCACGUGACACUGUAUGGUUUCUAUCCAUCCAACGCGGCAGAAAAUGGUUACCAUGUCAACCACCACUACUACGAAGACGUCGAGUUUGACUACGUAGGCAGCAUCCAUAACUUCAAACAAGAGUUCACCAAGCUCAAAGAGUUUGAAGAGAAGGGGGAGAUCACCAUCGUAACCGAUCUCUGCCCCGGGGGAAGGCGAAAGAAGGUGACCGACCAUGUCAAUAUGGCGGCCAUGUUGGACACCAAGUUUGCUUUCAACUUGAACAAAGACAGACUUAAGGAAAUCUUCGAACUGUCAGAUGAUACUGAUGACCCUGACGGUGACGAGAAGGAGCGCACUGUUGCUCGCAUCCCCAAGGACACUCCCCAGCAGUUUCAUGUGAAUCCGGAAGUAGAUUCGGAGCAGGUUAUCAAAGACAUUCAGCAAAGUUCUGAAAUAUCGAGGACUGGUGGCGAGGCUGAUGUAGGCCCAGUUAUUUCUAGAAGUGAUGUUGAUAUUUCUCGUAAAGACAAAGCUAUGUCUGCAGAUGGAGCACAUAUAUAUAAAGGGAACUAUGGAAGUAUUGUUCAGCAGAAAUGAAUUAUAUAUGAACACAAACUUGUGACAUUGUAAAAAGCUAGUUGCGACCCCUUGAACAGUUGAACAUCAAGUCUCAUUGUGAAAUAAAAACGGUUAUGGUUGUUGGAAUAUGUUGGCCAUUAUGGCUUCUUCCUGAGUAUAUGGUGAUUGUUAUACCCUCUCUAUUUCUUUAUAAAAAACACCUUCUUGACUUAUUGGAUGUUGGCAAGAAACUUCAGGUCCCCAAUUCAACUGAAAGUCAUGCAUUUCAUUGCAAAGUUGCAAUUGAUUGAUGGUCUGCUUCUUGCAUCCACCAACAAACCUAAGUUGAUUUGCUUUAGUUAAAAUUGAUCUAUCACUUGUUAAUUUGCAUCUGAAAUUGUAAUUGAUUGUAAAUAUUUUCUUGCAACAUCCCCUUAGUGUUAUUUAGCCAGCCUAUUCAUGUUUUAC